GCGUUAACUUUGUCAACGUCAGCUCCGCAGAUGUUAGCUUGUUAGCUAGCGGAUAUAUAACUUUUGUUCACUGGCAUUAAAAAGGCUACAGAUGUCAACAUUACUGGAUACAACAGGGAGUAUCAUACAUAUUGUGUUUUAUUUGUUUUCGUUGUGUGUAUGAGCGUUUAUGAGGGCCAAGAUGCCACAUAUAUUUAAAUCCAUGUAAUUUCCAUAGUGUAAUGGAAUGUACAGAUACACUUUAUUGUUCUGCCACUGCCUGAUGUCUAAAGUGCUGCUAUAUGAGACCUGCUCCAUCAGUCAGUGAAAGUGAAUGUAGCCUUUGAAAGUGAAUGCACAAAAGUACCAAGAGAAUUGUGUGUAACUGGCAAUGUCAGGAUGUCAGUUCGAAAACAGGAAACAUGGUUGAUGCGUGGUCCACCCAUGAGGUCUGUCUGUGGCUGGAGCAGAAUUCUUUAAGCGAGGCUAAACAGAUCUUCUUUGAACAACAGAUUGAUGGGGAAACACUACUGGGACUAACAGAGCGGAUGGUAGAAAAACUGUUUCCCAUCAUGAAACACCAGGUCUUGUUUUUGAAAGAGUUGGAGAAGUUGCGCAGCACAUCAUCAGCACAAAAAUCCAAUCCAACAUGUGACACACUACCUGUAGAGUCAAAUACUCAUCAACAAGCUCAUGUGUCAUGGCCAGCACUGUAUACCCUGCCUGUUAUGCCACCAGAGCUACAGGAAGCUCUACACAGAAAAGAUCCAUCUUUCAAAAAAAAGGAUAAAUCACACUUGAGAGCAUUGUUAAUACAAGUUCUAUUUGACCACAUAACAACGUACACAUGGUACCCUAACCAUAAAAAAUACACCGAUGUUCUCGGAUGUCUGAUCACCAGAUUUCCCUUUUUGAGAGACCACAGCAGCACUGGAUAUGAUACCUUGCUGGAGUGCUUAAGGAACAAGUUUAAAAAGGAAAGGUCUCCCUUGGUGAACUUCCCAAAAGUUAUGGAGAUGAAGAGGAAGUUUGGGACAAAGAAACAGCGAAGUGUAGACCAUGAGUCUCUGGAAGACUCACCUGCAUAUCAGAGGGCAAAGAGAUGCAGGACAGAAGCAAUCCAGGCAUGUUGGGGGAGCUUGGAUCCAACACAAGAGAUUGUAGUGGAACUUGAGUGUGUUGGGGAGGAUGACCUGAGUUUUCAGGAACAUCUAAAUGCGAUUAAUAAUGAGCUACGCCGGCGACAGCCAGAUCUAACACAAAUCAUGGAUAGGAUGAAGCGCACUCUUUAUAAAAGGGUUGAAGUCACGGCCAAGCCAACAGGCGAAGUCAUGCAGAUGUUCCCCUUUUUUCAGAUUCCCGAACUGUUGCAUUAUGAAAUGAGGCUGCGGUUCGGUCAGGACAUGGAGCUAAAUCUCCAGAAUGCCCUCACGACAAUCACGCCAAACAUCAUCAGGGCGGCUCAGCAGGGGAACCACAAGGAACAACUGACCACCUGGCUGACAGAGGCCACCACAGAUGAUCAUCUGAAGAGUGCUGCCAUCCUCAUCCUGCCAGAGCUCUUCAAAGAAAGAUCAAAGUUUUUCUACUGCUUGGAUGAGGAGCCAUGCAGCCCGUUUCCAGUCAUGGUCAUCGACAAUGCUGUGAAUCCCCUCCUAUGCUCCAACAACAUCUCGAUCAAGAUGGAUGGAGUCACUGUCACAAGUGGGGAGAUGGACAUCCCUCAUGCACUCCAAUGUCUUUUGGAAAUUUAUUUUUGUUAUGCCGAUGUGCCAACAUGCCAGAGACCGCCCCCGAUCAGGCUGGAACGUAUCGCAUACCGGUAA